AUGCAAUUCUGGAAACAGCUUUUUGAAAAGUACUUUUUAAAUUAAAACUUUCCCCAUACUUUACUGUAAACAAAGGAUUUUCUUUGAUGGUUAUGGACAGAGAAGUAUUGUACUUAUUCAGGUACUGUCCUGGAUACAAAAAUUCUGUAAAAACAUUUCCUAUCCUUAAGGAGCUCACAACCUCAUUGAUUAUAUGAAGUACAAAGGAAGCAAAUUAACAAGCAUUAUAACAUGUAAUUAUGCCUAAAUGAGCCAUAGGAGAGGUACUCUGGGGUCCAACUACCUAUAGUCUCUUUGUAACCAAUGUGAAAAUAUUGCAGACGAUGGUAGCAGCAGAAUUAAAAUAUAAUCGAAUUUGUAAACCAGGUGUUUUUUUGUUUGUUUUUUUAUCAUUCUGCAUGUUUGAGAAUAGCUAACAUGCUUACCAUGUGCUAGGCACUGUUCAUGCAUUUCCUUAAUCCAUCUCACAAUCCUUAGAGGACACGUGCUAUUAUUACUCCAUCCUACGGACGAAGAAACUGAGGCGGAGAGGUCUGGUAACUUGCUAAAUGUCACACCACUAGUCGGUUUAAACGGUCAAUAUUUAAAAAUCAAUGUCUUCCCUACUACAUCCAGCAACAACCAAUCGUAAAAUACUCAGGCAGGGUGGCCUCGCCCGGAAGUCAGAAGAGCCCCGCCCCGCCCCUUGUUUCUCUUAAGCCGAAUACCCAGCAAAUCACAGGAAGUGACGCAACGCCCACACUUCCCAUGGCCCGCGCUCCAGGGUGGGCAGCCGGCCGAAGCCGAGGGCGGAACUGACGGAAGUGACGUUAACAACGCGCGCCGGGAGUUCUGUAGGGUCGGGAAGGGUCGCCGUAGCGGGCGCCUUGGCCGUUUGCGGCUGAACUUCGCUUUCGCCGACCGAUAGUUGUCUCUGCAGUGACUCCAGAUGCUGUUCUUGAGGUGUUAAUCAGUCCUGUUUGAAUCGGUCAGUUCUCAAAGCAACGCUGAGCACGGUAGGAAUCCAUCUGAACUAAACAAUAAAAGCGUCACUGUUUCUUGGUGUGCUUGAAGAUAACCCAGAGAGCUGAGGACGUCGCUGAGAGUGUGCUGGGGAUGCUCUAGGAAGAGGCUGAGUGCUGAGGUGAUUCCCAGUCCAAAGGGUUUUGAUUUGCCAAGAAGAAAGUGAACCUCAUGGAUCAGAACAACAGCCUCCCACCUUAUGCCCAGGGCCUGGCCUCCCCUCAGGGCGCCAUGACUCCUGGAAUCCCUAUCUUUAGUCCGAUGAUGCCGUACGGCACAGGACUGACCCCACAGCCCGUUCAGGGCACCAACAGCCUGUCUGUUUUGGAGGAGCAGCAAAGGCAGCAGCAGCAGCAGCAGCAGCAGCAGCAACAACAACAACAGCAGCAGCAGCAGCAGCAACAGCAGCAGCAGCAGCAGCAGCAGCAGGCGGCAGCAGCGGCUGUGCAGCAGCCGACACCCCAGCAAGCAGCCCAGGGGGCGCCCGGCCAGACACCACAGCUUUUCCACUCGCAGACUCUUACGACCGCGCCCUUGCCGGGCGCCACACCCCUGUACCCCUCCCCCAUGACCCCCAUGACCCCCAUUACCCCUGCCACGCCAGCCUCGGAGAGCUCCGGGAUUGUGCCGCAGCUGCAAAAUAUUGUAUCCACAGUGAAUCUUGGUUGUAAACUUGACCUAAAGACCAUUGCACUUCGUGCCCGGAAUGCUGAAUAUAAUCCCAAGCGGUUUGCUGCUGUAAUCAUGAGAAUAAGAGAGCCCCGGACCACCGCACUGAUAUUCAGUUCUGGGAAGAUGGUGUGCACAGGAGCCAAGAGUGAAGAACAGUCCAGACUCGCAGCAAGAAAAUAUGCCAGGGUUGUACAGAAGUUGGGUUUUCCAGCUAAGUUCUUGGACUUCAAGAUUCAGAACAUGGUGGGGAGCUGCGACGUGAAGUUCCCUAUAAGGUUAGAAGGCCUCGUGCUUACCCACCAACAGUUCAGUAGUUAUGAGCCAGAGUUAUUUCCUGGUUUAAUCUACAGAAUGAUCAAACCGAGAAUUGUUCUCCUUAUUUUUGUUUCUGGAAAAGUUGUAUUAACAGGUGCUAAAGUCAGAGCAGAAAUUUAUGAAGCCUUUGAGAACAUCUACCCUAUUCUAAAGGGUUUCAGGAAGACGACGUAAUGGCUGUCAUGUACUCCUGCCUCCCCCACCUACUUGUUUUUUUAAAACAAAUCAGUUCUGGUACAUUUAGUGGUGGUGUGGAUGGCCCCAUAUGAUGAGAGGAUGGAUGUCCGGUUUUAGGUUGCAGCACGAGGUGAAGUUCUCCUGCAUGUGUACCCCAUAGGGAUGCCAGGAAGGGGGUAUUCUGCACAGAGAACACUGAAGUGUUACUGUAAGUUGCUCGAACUGUGCUGCUAUUUGGGCAGCACUGCCCGUUUAUUUAUAUUUAGAUUUUAAACACUUACUACUGCUGUUGACAAGUUGGUUUAAGGGACAAAACUUUAAGUGUUAAAGCCACCUCAACAAUCGAUUGGACUUUAUUUUGUUUAAUUUCUUCCCCAUAAACCACAGUUUUUAUAUUUCUACCAGAAAAGUAAAAAUCUUUUUUAAAAGUGUUGUUUUCUAAUUUGUAACUCCUAUGGGUUAUUUUUGUGCCACAUUCCGCCUUUUCAGUAUUGCAGGACAGAAUAGAAAUGUAUUAAUGAAAACAAAUGGCUGUACAUAUUUUUCUUCCUUCAGAGUACUCUGUACAAUAAAUGCUGUUUAUAAAAGUGUUAGAUUGUUAUAAAUGAAA